UCCUUUUACACUGAAAAAUGGAGACGAGAAGUGAUCAUUCACUGGCUUUCUCUGUCAGGGUCUUCACUCUGCAGGAAAAGGAGGAGCAGGUUCAAGGAGAGGUGAGCAGAGGCCAGCAUGUGAAUGUGUGCGGACAGAGAAACGACCAAGAACUCACUCUUCAUCUCACCACAGGACAGGAAGCUCAGCAGGUAACUGUGCAGGAUGCCAACGAAGCAUUGGUUUUCCAGUUCACUGUUUCCGAGGAGAUGGACUGCUGCCAGGUCGGAGGUCAGUCCUUCUUAGUCACCAACAACAACAACUUCAGUCUUCUGCUGCAAUUCAAAACUCCAGCUGAUAUGCAGAACUUCCAGAGAUUACUGAAGACCGAGGAAAAUGAAGAGAAGGGGAAAGGUUGGAUUGAAGUACAUCAGGGAGGCAAUAAGGAUGCAGAGAGAGGACCAACAAUGUUUAACAGAAGGAUUGAAAAGAACCCUGCACAGUGCUACCAGUUCCACAGCUGUCUGACCCAGCAGCAGAGCCUGCUUCAGGACUACUUGAGGAACGCCACCUAUCAGAAAGCCAUUUUAGUCAAUGAGGCUGACUUCAGAGACAAGGUGGUUCUGGAUGUGGGCUGUGGUUCUGGUAUUCUGUCUUUUUUUGCAGUGCAGGCAGGGGCUGCCAGAGUGUAUGCUGUUGAGUCCAGCCCUAUGGCCAAGUAUACACAGAUCCUGGUGGAGGAUAACCGUCUCUCUGAGCACAUCAGGGUCUUUGAGGGGGAGAUGGAGCAGGUCAAUCUUCCUGACAUGGUGGAUGUCAUCAUCUCUGAGCCCAUGGGUUAUAUGUUAGUUAACGAAAGGCUCAUGGAGAACUUCUUGUUUGCCAGGAGAUGGCUCAAACCCAAUGGUGUGAUGUUUCCCUCCUAUGGAGACAUUCACGUGGCUCCUUUCAGUGAUGACCAGCUGUACUUUGAGCACUACGCACGGGCCAAUUUCUGGCAGCAGAGGAGCUUCUAUGGCGUGAACCUGAGUGCUCUUCACAAUGCUGCGGUGGAAGAGUUAUUCAGGCAGCCUAUAGUGGACACAUUUGAUGUUCAUAUCCUGAUGGCCAGGUCUGUCAAGCACUGCAUCAAUUUCAUGGAAGCUAAAGAAGAGGAUUUACUCAGAAUAGAGAUUCCCUUUGUGUUUACUCUGCUCCAGUCUGGUCUGAUCCAUGGACUUGCCUUCUGGUUUGAUGUGGCCUACCUGGGAUCCAAGGCCACAGUAUGGUUCUCCACUGCUCCCACAGAGCCUCUGACCCGCUGGUUCCAGGUCAGAUGUCUACUUCAGACGCCGCUCUUUGCCAAGCUUGGACAGACUUUGUCUGGGACAGUCCAACUGGCUGCUAACAACAGACAAAGCUAUGACAUCCACAUCACAGCUACAGUGGACCAAUCAGGCUUCAGAUCUGGGAACAUCCUGGAUCUCAAGAAUCCUUUCUUCAGAAGUUACCCAAGUGGAAAUCUUCAAAGUUCAUUUUGUCAGUAGACCAAAUUUAAACAUGAGUACAAUUUGUACAGUUCAUGUAAGUUCUAUGUCCAUAAAUAUCAAUCCAUCCAUCAUCUUCUGUUUAUCUGGGCAUGGGUCACGUGGACAGCAUUCUAAGCAGAGACUCCAAGACCUCCCACUUCCCAGCCACCUCCUUCAGCUUAUCCAGGGGAACACCAAGCUUUCCCAGGCCAGCUGAGAGAUGUAAUCUCCCCCAGCAUGUCCUGGGUCUUCUUGGGGCCUCCUUCUGCUGGGACAUGCCCAGCAUGUCCCUUUCAAAAGACUGAACUCCUCACACUCUCUCUAAGGGAGAGGCCAG